CUGUUAGAUCUAGAGAGCGAUGACGCGGACCGAGAGUCAGAAGUCCAAAUCAGCAGCUGUUAUACGAUCCAUGGUGGUAGUCUAUCUACACCUCCGUCGACUCUGAUUGAGCACUGCUGUUUGGUGACUCGAGGCAAUGAGUGGGUCAUCGAGGUAAAAUGUUGCCCCGUACAGCACGACAUCCGAGAAGGUUCCCAACAAAAAAGGAACUGGAGAAGCCUAAUGGAGGUUUACCCCAACGCUGUUGUGAAACAAAAACACAACGAUACUGAGGUUAUUUUGCCAUCUCUUCGGGAAGACGUGGAAAUAGCAGCGUUUGGAAGGCCUGGAAAAGAUGACCGGAAAAGAAUGCAAAUGGCGAUCUUUGCCAGUCGUCCAACCCAAGGACGAGACUGGAAGAUUUGGGUUUAUCUCGUAGAUGAUACAAAUCCUGCUUGCAAGGUAACAAGCAAUUUUCUAUUUCUCUAAACAGGUUACUUAAAAGAGAAAAUCAACCUGUACUCUUUUUUUCUGGACCCCAACCUAGCCAUUAUCCAUCAAAGUAUAAUUUUAUAAUAUACAGACUUAACCAGGGUUAAAAGCGAAGUUCUCGUUAACUAGAUACUUAUAAACAAACAAAUAAUAAAAUUGUGUAAUGCUUAACGGCGAUGGCAAUUGCAAUGAGAACUGUAACACAUUCAAAAGGUCUAAUUAGCUAGUGAGAAUACACUUUCACGUCGAGAGAGACUCGACUUUGUUGUUGUUUUUUCUCUCUAAAAGUCCGGGUGGCCCUGAGAUUUCCCGCCAAAAACACCUCCAGUUGCCUUUAGUGUCAUACCUGUUAAUUGAGUUAUUUUACAUUGGUAUGCCUGUUGUGCGGACAGUCGGAUGGUCGGACGUACGGUCACGUGAUUACCAAAAUUUCUCGGAUGGAUGGGUUACCAAAUUUUCUUAACGUAUGGGGUUCCGCCAUAAGGUUCAGUCUUGGGCCAUUCUGUCUCAGAAGUGUGCAGGCAUAUAUUAGUUAGUUAAAUAGCUAUUUAGAUUUUGCUGGUCAUUCGGAGAGGUUUUCGAAUUGCGCCGAAUGUAUUUUUCAAUAAACAGAGUAUUUGCCAUGAAGAAGACAAAAGAGGAAACAGGCUUCUUUCACCAUGUUCUGGGAUGUUCGUGUCGAACAGCAAAGAAGACAUCACAAUCGAGCUCAGUGCACUCGAGCCUGGAUGGAAAAUCAAAGGAAGCAGUAUAAAGGUACGAAAGGAGAACUAUGAGGUCACAUUGGGGUAUAAUAAGAUGCAUCGGCAAAAGCAAACAUAUGAGAGUUUCACGUUUCAACACCUUAUGUGGUUUCUGGAGAGAUUUAAUACAUAAUUUUGCAGCAGUAUCACCCUUCGACAGAAAAAAAUAAUAAUUGGUGCUGCACGUUUUGCAACUGCAAUAAUCCUUACCCUUUUUUUUAUUUUCUGAGGCGUUUAUUAGGUUUCCCUCAUAUCUUCGAUUCAUCAGUCACUCAACACCCCUUUUUCAAAUCCACGCUUCUUCUUAUAAUCUGCUACACAGCCGUUUGUAAGGUAGUCACGGAACGCUCCUCCAGCGUUUCGUGACGACACCAAAAACGGCUGUGUAGCAGACUAUUCUCCUUACAGGUGUGCCAAAAGACAAUCUCUAUGUGAGUCGCAUUUACCACCUAAAAAGCUCGACCUCGAGUGGAUUGACUGAUUAACUGUAUCUAUGCUGCCAUAAAAAUGGAAACCAUUUACAACAGAAACAGUCAAGGCUUUAGAAAUUACCGCUGAUAACUUAUCCAUCAUGUAUGAUGUAUUUUCAGACUAUCAAAUCAAGAGAUGCUUGGAAUUCACCAGAAAACUCAGUUGAUUUUCCACGCUGCUAUUUUGAAAUAAGACACGUGGACAGAACAAAACAAUCAUUUUUCUGCAGAAUAAAGGCUUCCCACGAAGGAGACGUCGCCCGCGCAGAAAUUGUGGGGUAUUUUGAAAGGGUAAAUUUUAUGUUAUAA